CCAGCGACGCCAAGUGAGUAGGGAGAAAAGUAACGAAAUACACCCAAUGUUUUGGCGCAGCUUCGCAACUGUCGUGGAAAUUGCAGGGAUCUGCUAGGAUUCCCAGGAAAUCUGUAGAUAACUGAUUUGCAGAUCUGGACGUUGACCGAGAAUGUUUGACGAGAAUACAGAAAAGGAGAACCCACCAGACUUUCCCAGAGAGAAUAUCAGUAUUUUCUGCUCUUUCUGCCUGAGUCAGGUGGGAAAUCUUCUGGAUAUAGACUCUCCUACCGCAGUGGAUUCAACUUACAGAGACUUCUUCAGAUAUCUACUGAAUGAGGAGGAGAAAUCUGUUUUGGAAGUUCCUAGAAGCAUCUGUCAAGAUUGUGCAGGAAAUCUCAUCUCGGCGUGCAAUUUCAAGAAAAGAUCCCUCAGAAACAUCAAAUACUUCAAGUCUAAAGAGUUUGUGGAUGAUGAAAGCCCUCUGAGAGAUGAAGAGUGCGCAGGCACAACAGGCUUCACUUGUGGGGAAUGCGGGAAGAUUCUCUCAACAAGAGGCAGUCUCAAGUCUCAUCUGUCUCGCCAUCGUCACGGAAAUGAAUAUAAAUGUGCAAUUUGUCAAGAAGUUUUCCAGAACUUCAACGCCCGAAAACGACAUGUGAACCUUAUUCACUUCAACAGGAAAAUCCAUCAGUGCCCUUUCUGUGAGGAAUCUUUUCAAUACCACAGCACUCACCGGGAACACAUUCGGAAGGUGCAUGAAAAAGAGCAAGACGUGGAGUGCCCACUUUGCCCGAAGAAGUUCUUCUCAGAUAAAGAACUCGGCCGACAUAAGUUAAUUCAUGAUUUUGUGCCCAAAUGCGAAGAUUGUGGGAAGAUCUACAAGGAUAUUCGGGCUCUGAAGAAGCAUAUGCGGAUUUUGCACAAGAUAUCAAAGUAUCAGCCACCGCAGUUGAUGGUGAAAGAAAUGCCUGAACCUGAAAGAGUGGGCAAGAAGACUUUUUCGUGCGAAAAGUGCCAGAAAGACUUCAAGGGCCCUAUUAAUUUGGAGAAACAUCUCCGAACGGUGCACAGAGAGUGGCUCUGUACGGAAUGUGGAAAGAUUAUAAAGGGUACUUCAUAUUCUGUCCACAUGAGCAGUCACACGGAGAGUCCUCAAGUGUGUCCUGAGUGUGGAAGAACACUGAGUUCACCAGGGGCGCUGAGGAAACACCAGAAACGCGUCCAUGGGCCUAAAGUGACAAAGAACUAUGAUUGUCCUCACUGUGAACUUCAGUUCGUCUCGCCACACACCAGGAGAUAUCACGUGGCGAAACUCCACACGAGAAAGCCUCUGUAUACUUGCCAUUGUGGUCAGGAGUUCCUUUAUCAUCACGUCUACAAGAGGCAUGUGAGAAGAGAUCACACUGGUGAAUUUCCUUAUGCCUGUGAGAUGUGCCCUAAGAAGUUCUUAACUCUGGCUGAGUGUCGAAGACAUCGCCAAAGUCACUCCAACGAACGUAGUUUCAAGUGCAGAACCUGUGAGAAAGACUUCAAGACGGACGUGGCACUUUACAUCCACAUGAAAAGCCACCGAAGAGUGGAAGGAUGAAGACAGACUGCAGCAAAACGGUAUUGUCCAUCAUGAGAUGUACUUCGAAGACUGCACUUCACCUUCUGUCCAAUUGAUGGAGAGAUUCUUGAAGAUUGCAGAAAAGGCGGG